UCCCCUCCUCCUCCCCUUCACACAGCGAAGGAAAGGCAGGGUGGGCGACGAGGCGAAGAGACCCCAGCAGAGCAGUCGAUCGUUCCAUCAAAACCACCAGCUUAUCAACAACAACAAGGCCCACCCCGUUCGACGACAUGGCCCGCCUCGGCGCCGGCGCCCUGUUGGCGCUCCUGCUGGCGGUGGCGGCGGUCGCGUUCCUCGCGGUGCCAGGGUCGGCGAAGGUCGGGGACCUGAGCGCGAUGGACUUGACGGUGGGGAGGAGCAGCAAGUGCUCCGGCCCCAUGAGCCAGUGCGACGUGGACGAGGCGGAGGAGCUCGGGCUCAGCGGCGGCGGCUUCCCCGCCGGCGACACGAUCCGGCGGACGCUGGCGGCGCGGCAGCCCACCAACCGGUACAUCAGCUACGCCGCGCUGCGCGCCGACCAGGUGCCGUGCAACAAGCGUGGGCGGUCCUACUACAGCAACUGCGCGUCGCAGCAGGCCGCCAACCCUUACCGCCGCGGCUGCUCCGCCAUCACGCGCUGCGCCCGCAACAUGAACUGAGCGCGCGCGCGGCGGCCGGCGGGCGCGCCGUCGAGCCGGUCGGUCUGAUCUGCCUCUGCCGGCCGGCCUGGCUGGGCACGCAGAUAGCCUGGCUCGAUCGCGCACCAUGCAUUGACGACGUCGUCGCGGCCGUGCCGCCGUUGGACGGAGGGCCGGACGACGACGGCGACGGAGGAGGAGGAGGCGCUGACGACAGUAUAUAUAUACACACAAACCCUACCGCCAUUUCUGUUGUCGUUGUGCGUAGCUUCUCUCUCUACAUAUGCUUAUGUUUAUAUAUUUAUAUAUCUAUAUCCAAAACGAGAUAUGUUUGAUCAUCGAUCGCGAUCUGUCAUGUAUGUCGUCUACUAUCUGUUAAUUUGACAAAAAGAUGUUGAAAAGAAGCUGUACUACAUUGCAUCAAAUUUUGUUUGCCGCCUU